CCCCGCGCGGGAAGCAUGGCGGCGUUCUGGACGAGGGUCCCGAGGCAGGCGGGCGCGGCGCGAUGGUGCCGGGCGCUGAGCGGGGCCGCCGAGCUCCCGCCGCCGCCUCCUCCUCCUCCCCCUCCUCCUCCUUCUUCUUCCCCCUCCGCCGGGUCCCGGGCGCUGGCGGCGGCACUGGGCGCGGGGGCGGCGGCGCUGCUGCUGCUGCGGGCGCGGGGCGAGGCCCGGGGGGUCGCGCUGCCCGCCCUGAGCGCCGCCGCCCCUGCGCCGCCCGCGCCGCCGCCCGCCUCGCCCCGCGCCGCCUUCAACUUCAUCGCCGACGUCGUGGAGAAAACGGCGCCCGCCCUCGUCUACGUGGAGAUCGUGGGCAGGCAUCCCUUUUCUGGACGGGAAGUGCCCAUCUCUAAUGGCUCGGGUUUUGUGGUGUCUCCGGAUGGGCUCAUUGUGACCAAUGCUCAUGUGGUGGCGAACCGCCGGCGCGUGCGGGUGAAGCUGGCGAGCGGUGAGCAGUAUGAUGCCGUGGUGCAGGAUGUGGACCAGGUGGCUGACAUCGCCACCAUCAAGAUCAAGCCAAAGCACCCGCUGCCCACGCUGCCACUCGGGCGCUCGGCUGAGGUGCGGCAGGGUGAGUUUGUGGUGGCCAUGGGCAGCCCCUUCGCCCUGCAGAACACCAUCACCUCUGGCAUCGUCAGCUCUGCCCAGCGCGGCAGCCGGGAGCUCGGCCUCACCGCCUCCGACAUGGAAUACAUCCAAACCGAUGCUGCUAUUGACUUUGGGAACUCCGGGGGCCCCCUCGUCAACUUGGAUGGUGAAGUGAUUGGGGUGAACACAAUGAAGGUGACGUCGGGAAUCUCCUUUGCCAUCCCCUCAGACCGGCUGCGAAAGUUCCUGCAGAAGGAGGAGCAGCGCAAAAGUUCUUGGUUUGGUAAUGCAGAGGCGAAGCGGCGAUAUAUAGGGGUGAUGAUGCUGACGCUAACUCCGAGCAUCUUGGCGGAGCUGAAGCUGCGUGACCCCAGCUUCCCGGAUGUCUCGUAUGGUGUGCUGAUCCACAGGGUGAUCAUCGGCUCCCCGGCACAUCAGGCUGGGAUGAAGGCGGGGGAUGUGGUGCUGGAGAUCAACGGGCAGCCCUCGCGGCGUGCCGAGGAUGUGUACGAGGCAGUGCGGACACAGCCAAGCCUGGCGCUGCUGGUGCGGCGCGGGUACGACACGCUGCUGGUGAGCGUCGUCCCAGAGGCUGCUGAGUAGCGGUGGCCACCAAGCGCCAAAGAACUGCGACAUGUCUGCGUGCCAGACAUGAGAGACUGGGAGCUUCCGGAGGAUGGGAAGGGGCAAGCAGAGGGGCCCGUCGUGCUCCAUGGUUCAGCCGUUUCCCCUCCAUGCCCCAAUAAAGCACUUUUGUAGGGAUCCCUCUGUGCCACGUGGCCUCCAGCAGGCUGGGCUAUGUGGGAUCCUGUCUCUCCUGCCAGCCCUCACCAGUGCUUCCAGCUGGGAAGGAUCCACCAGCUGUGUCACUAGGGACAUCCUUGGGGCUGGAUAGAGGUAUCCUAGCACCUGCACCGGCUGGGAUCCGACUCCUCUGCCUGCACCAUGCAAGCCAUGGCUCCUGAGCCACCUCCUGCUGGCAGGAGGAGCUGUGGGACUGCGCUGGUGCCGGCUUUGCCGGGCAGCUCUCCCUGCCACCCAGCUGGGCCGCUCCUUGGCAGCACUCACUGCUGUGGCUGUGCCUGUAAGGCUGGACGGACAUGGCAGAUCCCUGCCUUAUGGGAUUGCUUCCACCAGGAGCACUGCUGAUGCUCCAAGGUCUGCAUCCACAGAGCAGCUUUCUGGGCCAUAGGGAAAGCAGAGUUGGUGCCAGAAUCUGAAAUGGUUGGGGCAGUUUCUGCCUCCUUGGUGCUGCCUGUCUCUCCCUGGAGCACAGCUCUCCCACACACUCAGCCCGGCUCUUGGGGACACUCGGGGCCCUCCCUGUGCUCCAGAUUUCAUGGCUGAGAGCCCAGCUGGCCCUUCUGGGAACAUGCAGCUCCAGCUGUUCCUCGCCUUCCUGGAAGAGCCGCUGCUCUGCUCCAGCCCUGCCAGAGGCUGUGGGAAGCUGUGUCCGUCCCUGCUUCAGGAGGAAUGUGCAUGUCGGGCCAGGCCAUGCCCAUGACGGAGCUCCCUCACCCUGCCUGUUAUUUUUAGGAGAUGAAAGAAGCUCAGUUCCAUGGGGAUCUGCAGCACAGGGCUGCUCCGAUCCCUGCUCCCUGCCCACACUCCUCCUGCCCGGAGAACAGGGCUCCUUUCAGGCAGCCCUGGCUUCGCUGGAGGAAUUUGUUCCCCUGGCGAAGCCCCAGACAGCGGCUUGCAGGGGAAAUAGCUGAGACACCGGCAGCGUUGCUCACAUAGCUGCUCCAGCAGCACUGACCGCAGCGCGUUCCGAUGCCUGGAGCUAAGGCCGGACACAGUGCAGGGAGCAGCGCUCUGGCCCUGGCGACGUGGCAGUGCCCGAGGAUGCUGCUGUGGGAUGGGAGCUGAGUGUCUGGCUGAGCUCCGAGCACUGCAGGAGUGGGGGUCCCUCCCUUUGACCUCCUGUCGCGUUCUUGGCCUCGGCUCUCUCCAUGCCAAGUGAGGCAGCCUAGCUCUCCUUCGGGAUUGUGAUCCUCAUGGAACACAGCCCUGCACUGGGAUUUCACCAACAUUUAUGCUGCAUCUGGCAUGGGGGAACCAGUGCUUCUCUGCAUCCCUGUGGAACCACCUGAUCCCGGCUCUUCCCUCUGGUGCAGUGGGGCUGCCUCACCUGGGCUCCUGCUGUUCCCUUCCUCGCACCAACACGGGCUUCUCCCAGUGCCAGAGAAGGCAGAACUGGCUGGGGUGGGGCAGGGCUGCGUGGGCAGGGAGAGAUUCCUUGCUCCAUCUGGGAGCUGGUGGUGGGUG